AUGGAUGAGGCUACAAAAGGGAGCAGCCAGAUCUCAGCCCCCGUGCCCGUGGCUGUCCUGCUCCCUGUGCACUACCUGCCAUCAGCCAGGAGCCCCAGCAACCAGAAGCUGGAGGAGCUGCAGAGAAAAUCAUCCUGGAAGAAGUUAGAGCAGCUCAAGAAGAAAAUCCAGGAGCAGAAGAGAAACCAGCAAGCAGCUUCUCAGGAGCAGAAGUGCUUGAUUGCAUCCUAUGCUCGAGAGCUGCUUCAGGAGAGACCCCUGAAGAGAAAGGUGUGCAGGGUGCCUGCCCCUUCUGCUCUGUGUGCCAGAGAAGCAAAGGCUUUUCUCCCCCGUGACAAAACAGAGACGUCAAGGCUGCAGCCCUGCACAGGGACAGGAUGGAGGACACAUGUGAUGCUGUUAGGGCUCCCCCAGAGAUCACCAGGUGAGGCAGACCCUAGCUGUGCACAACUGAAAGAGAAACACAGGAACCAUCUGCACAACUUAAAACAAACUUCCCUCCUGCUGGCUCACAAACUGAAGGCAUAUCAGCUCCAGCAGAAGCAGUGGCUGGCAGUGCUGAGUGAGAAAGCCAAACUAGAGCUUCAGGAAAGCCAGAGGUCUUUGAGUGACCUGCUUCAGAACGAUUUAAAGCUGUGCAGCAGUUCUAAAGGCAGCGAUUCCCCUGCGCUGAAGCUGGACCAUGCAGAGCAAACAUGGGCAGGACAGCAGCCUGCAGGUGACAGCACAGCUGGCAGUAAUGAAGAGAUGCAUUCCCUGGAACAAUUUCCAUUGAAUGUGGAGAGAGAUCGGAGCCCAGUGGACUCCAAAGCUGUGGGACAAAUUAAAUCUCUGGGAGGAAGGAGUUCAUUUGGCUCAGCCCAUCAUGAAGGAUCUCUGCCAGCAGAGGACAGGGAGCCAUUGCAUGGCCACCAAGGGCUGAACCUGCUGUCAGCUCCAGUAGAGCUGCCCCACGGGGAUCCCUGCACAGCAGAUGGCUCCAAGGACAGCAGUGACCAGGACAGCCAGUGGAGUGAUGCUGGCCGGCACUACGGACGUUCCAGCUCCUUCUGCUGCUUCAGCCUGGCCAUGGCAGAGCAGUGCCUGAGGGGAGAGGAGCUGCGCGCCCGCCACCAGGCUGCCCUCCUGGAGCUGCGCAGGGGAGCCGUGCGGGAUAAAGCCAGAGCUGAGCUGGCCUGGCUGGGCCACCAGAGGCGCUGUCUGGAACUCCUGCAAGACACUGAGGGAGCCUCUGCCAUGGCUGAGAAGCAGCGCAGAGUCCUAACAGAGCUGAAACAAGAGCAGGUAGAAAUACAGCACCUGCAAAAUAUCUACAGGGCGGCCCAUCAAGAGAGGAAACUCUUAUUAAAGCAACAAAGAGAAAUCUUAAUGAUACAGCAAUCAACAGCGAAACUCCGGGACGAACUGCAUCAUCUAACUGGGAAGAAAAAGCUUACCAGGAGCCCAGCAACUGAAGAAGUAAUUAAACCAAAGAUGAGACAGAUUUCUAAUGCUAUGCUAGGUUCCCCCUUGGCAGAAUCUUCAGGGCCUGAUGCGUGUGGGGAUAAACAGAAUUAUGUCCAGCUGAAGAACAAACAAAACAAAAAAUAUGAUGGCUUUUCUACCAAGAAUAAGAAAGCACUGCUACAGUACCAGCAACAGACAGAGGAGCCAUUGAGUUUGCAGCAGUCCCUGGGGGCACGAGGUCCUGAUGUCUUUGGAACAGUGGCCAAGAAAUUGUGUGAUGCUACCAGUCAAACCACAGGCGUGGUCUUUGUGAUCAGACAUUCCACAAACGCAGGUAAUGACACCUCAUUCUUACAAGAUCAAGAGAAUGAUCCUGUGACAGUGGAGAAAGCACCCAGGGAGCAGAGAAAUGGCAGGACUUGUAGAGAAGAACAGGACCCAUGUGGUCCAUUUCAGGCUGGGACAAGGAAGAAAGAUCUUUCUUUUGAUGGCCAAGACAGUGAAAAAAGAUCGGCACCAAUGUCAAGUGAAUCUACAGUAAUGGAAACUCAUUUAAGGAAAGAAAGUUCAUUAGCUGAGCUAAGGGUUAGCCCAGAUUCUGAAAGAGAAUCGCAGAUCAUGUGUGUAGCUGAAAAAGCACCUUCCGAAAUCCUUUUUUCAGAAGAUGUUCCACGUGAAGUGGAAAUGUCUGCCCCUUUUGAGAUCCACCAGGUGGAUGGCAGCCAGUCUCUGAAGCCUUUGGGCCAUCAUUCUCAAGAAACUUCUGCUGAAGAACUACAGAGGAAAGCUUUUUCUGAAGGAUUAGGUCCUACUGAAUCACUGUGCGAGUCAAACAGCUUCUCUCCAUGCUCUGAAAGUGCCAGAUCUGACUGUUCUCUCCCAGAUUUUCAGAAAGUGUCUGCAGUUUGGAUUGAUGUUUCCGAAUGCUCUAUUUCAGAUGUUGAAUUAGAGGUGCAAGGUGGAGAGGACGCUGAUGUCAGUAUUCCAGAAGAAUUAGUCUAUGAUGCUUCUCCUAAUGUUCCGAAAGAGGCACCGGUAGCAAUAAAUUCUGGGAGGAAAACAUUACAAAGUGACAAACACAAUGAACUUGAAGAGCCCAAGGGUGGCAGCAGCACAGAGAUUUCAUCGUGCUCUCAGAACUUCCAGAAAUGCCCUGGAGAGGCUUCAGCUCAUGGGUGCACCGGUCACUUGCUUUCUUUCCUUUCAGCAGACAAAGCAAAUACCUCCAAAACAACACCACUGGAUUCCUCUCGGUUUGGUAAACCCACCAAGGGAAUGGAUAAGCUGCACUUGGAAGCCUCAGGAAACUCAAAAAAUGCUGCUGCCAGCUCUUUGUGCAGUGAUGGCAUUUACCUCCUUCAGAACUACGAGCAGCAAGCUCCUGAUUCUAUCACUAACAAAUCAAAGAGGAAUGAUGGAAUUAGCAGCUUAUUAGGGGAUCAAAGUCUUCCGCUGAUGGGUUCUUUGAAACCUUUAGAUGUGGCUGAUAACCAACUUAGUAGUACUGUCUCUUUUCCACCUGACAAAGAUAUUGCAAAUGGCAAAUCACUGUCCGGAAAUACAACAGUGCAAAAUGAUGAUGCACAGCUUUUGCAUGAGAAAAGCAUAUCUGGAGAACUCGAUCAGAUUAAGUGA